AUGUAAGGAGAUUUUGGAUUGAUCCCAGCAGACGACAUAUCUUUGGAUGAGACCAAAAUUAUCAAAAUUCAAACAAGUGUUAGAUGUUAUUUAAAGAAACAAAAAAUAGUGGAAUAGUAGGUUACUCUUAUCACGCAAAAUUAAGUGGAAUCUAAUUUAACCCAAUAAAAUGUCUCAGUUAUAGAAAUGAUACCAAAAGAUGCACAAAAAGUAGAAUGGCCUUAAAAUUUACAUUUAUCCAUACAAAAUAAAUUGAAAGAAUUGGCUCCCCUUCAAUAGAACAGUUAUCCUUGUUAUUUAUUGAAUGAUGGAUGCCAAUACCAAGGAUAAUUUUUAUAGUUUUAAAAAGAAGGAUUUGGUAGGUAAAUAGAUAUUGAUGGCACUUUGUAUGAAGGAACGUUUUCGAGGGAUUAAAAGUCAGGCAAGGGAAGACAAAUUGGUUGUGAUGGAAGUUUAUAUGAAGGAAACUUUGAAGAAAAUGAAUUUAAUGGAUAUGGGGAAUUUUAGGAUUAAAAUGGAUUUAUCUAUAAAGGAGAAUGGAAACAAUAAUUGUUUCAUGGGGAAGGACAUGAAAUCAAUUAAUAAUUCGAAUAUAAAGGUGGAUAUAAAUUUGGACAUCGUCAAGGAUAUGGAGAGAUUACGUAUCAAGAUGGAAGCAAAUAUUUGGGAGAAUUUUAGAAAAAUAAAUAUGAGGGAUUUGGUAUCUUUUUAUUUGAGGAUGGAAGAAAAUAUGAAGGUUAGUGGGUAAAUAAUUAAAUGCAUGGGAAAGGUACAUUUACUUGGCCAGAUGGACGUGAGUAUUCUGGGAAUUAUUCCUAUGACUUGAAGGAAGGAUUUGGCAUUUUUAAGUUUCCAAAUGGCAGCAGUUAUAGAGGAACAUGGAAAUAGGGAAAGUAACAUGGUCAUGGAGUUAUGGUGUCUGAGCUUGGAGAUUAAAGAGAGGGUGAAUGGAUUGAAGGGAGAAGGAUAAAGUGGAGAUGA